AGAGUCCGUGGAAAAUCAAUCCACAAUGACCGAGUUUACUUGAACCCAUAGCAAUACGGUCCAUAAUGCGGGCAAAUGGGGUUCAAGGUGAGCCUUACGUGCAUACGAGUUCGCUUGUACCCGGUUCGUACUUGCACCGGGGUCUAUAAGGUCCAACUCCAACGCUGUUUUCGGUUCAAAAUCGACCUUAUUGCAUGGAGAAAUGCUGGAUUUGCCGGUACAUUGUUCUACUACCCGUCAUCGCACAAAUCAGCUGAGUUGUUUAUACCACCAGAAAGUGUACAGCGUCCAGAGCUAUAGUAUGUGAGCGGUGUGAGUUUUCCCAUUCACGAGUGAAACGCUAUCGUGUGAUCGGUUUUGAAAAUUAUAGUGUGGCAGGUCAGUUCGUUGACCACAACCUGGAGUCCUAGAGUCUUUGAUUUUUCUGGAUCACGUAGAAUGAAUUCAUGACAACAGUUUAGCUGCCGGUUCUCAAAAUGGACGACUUGAAAAGUGUUAAGAUCCAGAUACAACCGUCUGCCGAAAGUCCAAUACAAUCAGUAUCUUAUAAAGUAAACGAGGCACUGAACAAUGCAUGUGAUAUAAGUGAACCACAUUUCAACCCCUGCAAUGGCCAAGCAUCGAUGACAAUAAGUACCAACGGCGGUACCUUACGAAAGGUACCAAACAAGAAUAGCCCUGGCAGUUACAAGAAACCAACAAUCAUGUUAUCACAUUUACCGAAGAGACCCCCUGUUGAUAUACAAUUCAAUGAGUUGUCUUAUUCCAUAUCAGAAGGGAGGAAAAGGGGUUAUAAGACCAUAUUGAAAUGUGUGAAUGGUACAUUCAAAUCAGGGGAACUAACAGCUAUUAUGGGACCUUCUGGUGCUGGAAAAAGUACCUUGAUGAAUAUAUUGGCAGGUUAUAAGACCUCGAACUUGACUGGGUCGGUUUUGAUCAAUGGAAAAGAGAGAAGUCUAAGAAGAUUCCGUAAAAUGUCUUGUUAUAUCAUGCAAGAUGACUGUCUGUCCCCACAUCUGACAGUAAAAGAAGCAUUGAACGUAUCUGCCAACUUGAAACUGGGAAAAAGCAUCAGCAGAGCCGAGAAGAAAGUUGUCGUCAACGAAGUGUUGGAUGCCCUCGGCCUCAAAGAAUGUAUAGACACUCACGCAUGCAGCCUUUCUGGGGGACAACGAAAAAGGCUCUCGAUAGCUCUGGAGAUGGUGAACAAUCCUCCAGUGAUGUUUUUCGACGAACCUACCAGUGGUUUAGACAGUUCUACUUGUUUUCAGUGCGUGUGUUUGUUAAAAUCCUUAGCUAGAGGUGGAAGGACUAUAAUUUGUACCAUUCAUCAGCCUUCUGCGAGACUUUUUGAAAUGUUCGAUAGUUUGUAUAUUUUAGCGGAAGGCCAGUGCAUUUACAGGGGGGUGGUGAAUGGGUUAGUUCCAUUUCUCUCUUACAUGGGCUUGAAUUGUCCAAGUUAUCACAACCCAGCUGAUUAUGUAAUGGAAGUGGCCAGUGGGGAGCAUGGCGACUAUGUUCCAAAACUUGUGGUAGCAGUUAACGAAGGAAGAUGCGCCAAAUCGCUUCAACAGCUGGCGUUGGAGCAAGAAGCGCUUGAAGCCAAAAAAAUUACGAACGACAUCAGCAAACACCAAGUGACCCCAGAGUCCAUCAUACAGAACGGUAUUAUGAAAGGAUCCACACAUGCACCUACCUGCACCACAUCUCUCUUGGACUCCUCCGAUAAUUUGGCUCAGUUGGGACUGCAGAGCUUUCCAGCUUCUGGACUCCUGCAGUUUUGGAUUUUGCUCAAAAGGACGACGUAUAUAAUAUUGAGGGAUAAAAUGUUGACAAGACUACGAUUGUUAUCGCAUGUUGUUAUAGGAAUUCUGCUUGGUCUAAUUUAUUACGAUAUUGGAAACGAUGCUGCCAAAGUUAUGAGUAACGCUGGUUGCCUAUUUUUCAUCACGUUGUUCACAAUGUUCACAUCCAUGAUGCCAACUAUUUUAACAUUCCCAGUGGAAAUGUCAGUGUUCGUGAGGGAGCAUCUGAAUUACUGGUAUUCUGUUAAAGCUUAUUAUUUCGCCAAAACUUUAGCCGAUAUACCCUUCCAAAUUGUGAUGACUAUGGGUUAUGUUAUGGGAGUUUAUUACCUCACUGCCCAACCUAUGGAAUUCACUAGGUUUUCUAUGGUGCUAAUUAUUUCUGUUGCCACUGCUCUUGUUGGACAGAGUUUCGGACUUCUUGUGGGUGCUGCUUUCAGCAUAGAGAGUGGAGUAUUCCUUGGACCAAUAUCCACGAUUCCUAUGGUACUAUUCUCAGGCUUCUUCGCUAACUUGGACGACAUACCCUAUUACCUGAAAUGGCUGCCCUACGCUAGUUACGUUAAGUACAGUUUCGAAGGGACUAUGAUAGCCAUGUACGGUUUGAAUAGGCAAAAACUGGAAUGCAACAUAGAUUACUGCCACUUCAAGUACCCAAAGCAAUUCCUGGAAGACAUGUCAAUGAAGGACGACAUGAACACCUUCAUCUUGGACGUUUCUGUGCUACUUGCCAUUUUCUUAACGUUGAGAUUUUUCACUUAUUUCGUGUUGAGAAUUAAAUUGCGUCAGAAUCGAUAAGUUCGGGUUGAAAUUCUUCUUGGCCAUUGGAAAUUGAAUGAAAUUUUUGGAAUUGAUGGAUUUAGAACUAUGCAUAUACAUUCCAGCAAUACGA